AUGGGUAACUUUCUUAUGAGCUGUCCCGUAAAACCAGGACGAUAUUACCUGCAUAAUUGGAAGUUGGGCAACAUGGAUAGAAUAGCGUUUCGAGUGGCCGGCUCUUAUCGAUCGAGCGUCUCAUUUUUGACUGGCGAGAGCACAUAUAACAAAAAAUUUUUCGACAACUUCACACUAAGCAUCGUCAAUAACACACUAUGCCUUGAUUUGGAUAUUAUUAAACCCUUAUCACGUGGCUUCCGCGCCCACAUAGAAUUCCAAUUGAGUCUGGGUAGAUCGAAAAAAUAUCAGCGUGUCUUCGCUCAUGUCUUGGAUGUCUGUGAGGUUGUGACCACAAUAAAAAAUAACAUUUUUAAGAGCUGGUUCCAGAGCAUGCUCCAGCAUGGCAACUUUAUGUACAAUUGUCCUGUCGCAAAGGGUCACUAUUUUCUCCAUAACUGGAGGCUGGAGUCGCGACUGGUGCCCACAUAUUUGUAUGCCGGGGAUUAUCGUGUCAAGGCGCAUUUCUUCUACGGCAAACAUAGGUCGAAGCUUGAGGACUUCAUUGUGGAUUUAAUUGUUUAUGCUCAAUUGAAGCCAAGCUGA